GGCUUCGCUCCGGCAGUGAUAAGAAGGGUGUCGUGGUGGUAAACUCAUAUGACAAAUGAUCAUGACUUGAGGUAGUUAUUGCAGUAAAGAAUGACUUCGCGGCAAGGAUGCGGCGCCCAGGGUCUUCGUGUCGUAGCGUCUAGGGACCUUCCAUGGUCCUACUGUUUGCUUUUCCUGCCGCUUACCCUGCUGACCGGCGUGUCGGUCGGAGGGCAGAACGAGGCGCAACAGGACGCGCUGCAGAAGCCGCCGUCGGCAGGACAAAGCAGCGAGCGAGUUAGCGUUGGUAGCGGAUCUCUCCAAGACCGAUGGCAGGAAAUCAGCUCCGCCCUGGUUGGGACAAGGACGCUCAGUGAUGGUGGCAGUGCCGUCAGCAGUGAUGCUGGUGCGGCGUCCACUUCAGAAAUCAAUGGCACGACGCAAUCAGCUGAUCCGCCUAUCAACUUGGAGCCGGGAUGCGCAGCUCUUCCGGAGAUGGUUCGGCUGCGGAACAGCAUCCAGCGCAUGUCAGAUAUGAAAUUGACAGAGGGUGACGAAGACCCAAUGCAAAUUUGUGCGCUUGUCUACGAUCGCUACGAAGACGACCCAGGCAUCUUUAAUCAAUGCGCAGGUGGUGUGGUAACGGCGCUCGUCUACCUCUCGAUCGCACAAGAGACGGACCUAAAGUGUAUGGUGUUCAUGAUACUAUAUGGAAUUGUGACGGAAUUCAGUAACUGAUUCUCACUUAGGUCCAGGAGUGGUUCCCGUAGCUUCCUCUGCGGAGCGACGGCAUUUGCAUUCCGGUAAGAAAUAGCAGACUGAAGUCAAUCCUUCGUGUAAGCACAACUUUUUUGCUCCUUUUCAUCGCUCACGAACUACUACGUAAAGCAACGUACUUACUAUUUGCUUCGGAAAGCCUGGAUUUAGGGUCCUGGCCGGUCAGGGACGAGUUGGUGCGUACACUGUACGCUAACACGGAGGGGCAGAAGCCGCCCCUCGUGGUACCCAAGAAACUGCGGGCGCCUAUCGGCGUUGAUACCACAGAAGCGGUGGAGCGGAACCUGAAAUAUGAAAAUAGUCUGACUGUACACUUCGACAGCGUCAUGUUCUACUACUUCUACGAACCGGAGGAGGAAAAUCCUUGCGUGUGUCGUAGCGGGUCUUGGUGUCUGCCAUAUUGGGUGCGCGCAUUGACCAACGCGACGGUAGAUGUGUGGGUGGCUGGCCGCGACGUAAAUCGGACUGUUUAUCGCAUGGAUGCACGCGGAUGUCUCGUGUCGUUGCGUCAAGGUCUCGCAAACUUUUCGCUACUGCAAGCCAAGGCUUUCGAUCUUCUUUUUGUCUUCGAGGUCAACAGCUUCAUGCACCCGGAGGCACGGGGAGGGAUCUUCGCGAAGAAAACCAUACUAUAUCCGACUUACAACUUAUCCCCAGGACAAGUGCGGAACUUUGAGGCGCAGAAAAUAUCCGUCCUACGCGACGACCAAGUGUUGAAACCGCCAAACCCCCGCUAUCGAGAAAUCCUUGAAAACAUGCUCGCGGCUCCGGGGUCAGUCCUUGAGGUGCAGGAGGAGACCGAAGAAGCCCUAGCAAGGGCUUACGGGGUCACUGACGUGUCGACGCUGCCUUACCCUAAUCAGACGCGAACAGAAUGGCAGAAGGUAGCACCCGAGGAGCUCAACGCGAGCGAAACUGUGUCACAAGCGGCAACUGAAGGCCUAGCAGGAGUGCCCGUUCCAGCAACGGGCUCGCCCCAGGGAGGUUGGAAAAAUUCAUCAAGUUCAUCUGUCGCGCAGAAGAAAGAGAAGGGAUUGAUUCGCAUGGAUGAGUUCCGCGAGAAGGCUGAUGGCACACGGGAGCAAAAGGUAGUGCGAAUUUUGCCUGAAGCAAAUAUGACCGCCUCGCGGUUGCCUCCUCGCUUCCUCCAUUUUCCGCCUGACAAGAGUGCGCUAAUCUAUCCGGCACUGCUGAAACCGGCCAAAGGGCAAUUGGAUUUUUUGAACAUGUUGUACCACCGGGACGGCGCACGGGAGAGCGCGGAGACGGAACAGAUACUAAGAGGUGUGCACGUCUAUUUCAUCGGAGCGUGUGGUGGGAACGUCACCUACUGUUCACAAACUGCUGUUCGGUGCGCACAGCUCAGAGGGCGGCUAAGCUUAUGAAUGUUUUUCGACGUCUUCUGGGGGAAAUUGCUGUGUGCUUUCGCAGCAGUCAGAUUGUCACUUUUUUCUCAAGAUGCGGAGACUAGUGGUACUACUUAGAGUCAAUAGCACGAAUCGUGGUUCAAGUCUCAUGUCUACGCGUUUAUCCAGAAUUAUAUCGAUUCCAUGUACUCUUUUUGCAUAGAUGUGGCUCUAAUAGAAGGUUUCCAGUGUACUUUUCUGAAUAGUCUGACGGAGCGCGAGAUGGCUUUGGUAUACCGGAACGCGGCGGGCACGCUUUUGUACAGCAGCAACGACUGCAAUGCGCGCAUUCUGCACGAGUCGGUGCUGAUGAAUAAACCGUUUUUCGCCACCGCAGAGGCGCAAGUGCCUGCCAGCAUGCAGCACCUUGGCCACAUCGUAGAUUUCGGUGCGGAAGAUGUGUCAGAGGAAUUUGCCUUGUUUGUGAACGCACUACGCAAAAACAUGUGGGGAGAUCGACCUAGGAAAUUUGCCCAACAGCAUCUUUCAGACGAGGCGGCUUACGGCAAGAUGCUUCUGUAUAUGGAAAAGCAGUGGUGGGGCUAGAAUCACAGUGAUGCCAGCCGUGCCACCGAAGAACUGCAGGAAGGUCCCUGCAGCUGGUCGGUAACGAAUUCGAAUGGUGCUCAUGGUCUUAAACUACCCUACAUAUUUCAGUUAAAACCUGACAUUGCAAUUACUCGGUAGCAGUCUUUGCUAUCGCUGGGUAGUUCGGAGUGAGAGAUCUUUGUCUAAAAACAGACAAGUAGUACGGAAGAAUGAGGAGAAAGAACAGAGUCUAUCAAAAGUUCCCUGGGCGGAGAAUCGGAAACGUAGAACGCUCGGCUAAGAGUUAC